AUGUCUGACUCAGAAGAUCCCAUUGACCCCAUCGACGAGGGUGGCGAUGACCUUUUCGGUGACGAGGGUGAUGAGGAUGUUGCGUCCACCAAGGAGCGCGUCCUCGACGACGAUGACCUCGCUUCAGACCCCGAAGGAGAUAGCUACGCGCGCUAUCGUAAUGACUAUGACGAUCAGAUGCAGUUCCAGACAAGGGAUCGAGUUGUCAUGGGUGUCAAGACGUAUCGGCAUAGAAUUCCGAAACCCAAGGAUGGCGCGCUUCGAGUAAUGCGUAUUCCCAAGUUUGUCAAGAUAAUGCCCGAAGAAUACGACCCGGACACCUUCCAGCCGACCGAGUUCGAUCUGGCCAACGCCAAGGCUCAACACCCCAAACACGUCGCUCGAGUUCGAAGAGAUCACAGCACCGGCGAACUCAAGAGCAACACCAACAUUUUCCGCUGGAGCGACGGAUCCGUCACAAUCUCUAUUGGCGGCGAGCAUUACGAAGUCCAGAAGAAGGCAUUGGCUCCUUCAGCCGACAAGCCCUACAAUGAAAUCCACGACGGUCACUACUACGCUGCCGCGGCCGAACUGCACAGCAACCUUCUCAUGACAGUUGGCCACAUCACAGAGCAGUACAAUGUCCGUCCCAACAAGGCUGUGGGUGACGAUGCGUUGUCCAUUCUGGCCGAGCGAAUGGCACAAGCCAGCAAGCCUUCACAAGGCGGCGAUAUGAUCAUCCGAACCACCCGCGACCCAGAACUCCAAAAGAAGCAGGCCGAGCUGGCUGAGAAGGAGAGAAUGAAGGCUCAGCGACGACGCGAGAAUGCUGCGGCCAAGAUGGACGGCGGCUAUGGUCGAUCUGGACGCGGAAACCUGUCUAUUGGAGAACUUGAAGGAGGACGCCGAUUUGGGUCAUCCCGCAAGCGUGGUGCCCCCGGCUCAUCCAGGCCCAAGCCACGGAGAGGCGAGUCCGAGUCGGACGAAGAACUUGCCGAGGCCGUUGGGCGACACGAGGGCUACGAUCUCGACGACGGCUUUAUCGUUGGCAGUGACGUUGAAGAGAUGGACAGCCAGGCCGACGACGAUGACGAAGAGGAGUUGCUGGACGAGGAUGAGGACGAAAAGCCUCGUUCAAAGAGGCAGAGAACCCGAGACCGCAGCCCCGAUGAGGAUGCUGAGGGCAGUGAUGUCGAACAGGUGGCUGGUAGAGCUCGUCGGAGGAAUGUCAUUGAUGACGAUGAUGACUAG